AUGUUGCACUAUCAUCAACCAUCCGAACUUCUGGCAUGGACAGUUGACCACCGUGGCCUCAGUGAAGACAUCAAAGUUCUAGCUAUCCUGGAAAUACUUCGUGGCUUGCGGAUGACUGUAAUAGACUUACUUCUGUGCUCUGUCUCGCAAAAACCUGCCAUGAUCAAUUGGAGGAAGGGCUUCUUCCGAAGCUCUGCACUCGCACGAUUUCUUAACGUGCUGGAGUCCGAUGAGCAAGGAGCCAUUCAACUUCAGAAUGUACUGCGACCUCGCGCUAUAGAACUCGUCACCCGUGAGAUCGAUGUGGAGAUGGAGGACGCUAAGCCGAUUUUUCAUAUGUCUACAAAGGACAUCACUCCGGAGUACUUGCUCUCUUUCGACAUCGAGCAUGGAUUGACUGUCCCGUUGAAAGAGACAACUCCCUGGCUCCGUCAGAUCCUUAUGUCUGCUAUGCGGACAACACGUGCUGUGAAAGAGAAUAAGCAUCAAAAUGUCGAAACAGUUAGCUUUUUUUCGAACCACACGAAACUAAUGUAG